AUGGAGGAUGCCGUAUUGUUGCUGCUCAUGCUUUUCGUGUUGGUCAUGGCGUCCUACAUGAUGGGUCGUCACUCUUGCAUGCUGAUAUCUCAGAGCAGCUUCGCACUGAUGCUUGGGCUAUCCGUUGGCCUCUUUAUGGUUAUGGGCGGUAAGCACGCGGCGCUCCACACUCAUCUUAAUCUAGACAACAGUCUCUUCUUCAAUGUGUUGUUACCACCGAUUAUCUACGAAGGAGGAUUUUCCAUCAAAUGCACGGUUUUCUUCCGAAACUUUCCGGCCAUCAUGAGCACAGCUGUGCUGGGCACAAGCGUUUCCACGACUAUCACGGGUGGCGUGCUUUACGUAGCUGGCGUGAUGGGCAUGGUGACCAAGCUUUCGUGGGUUGAAGCUUUUCUUUUUGGGUCGCUGAUCAGUGCUGUGGAUACAGUGGCAACGCUGAGCUGCUUCGACAAAUUGAAUGUACCACCACUAUUGUUUAACCUCGUAUUUGGAGAAAGCGUGAUGAACGACGCCGUUGCGAUAGCACUGUACCAGACAUUGCACCAGUGGGAGCCUGACAGUACUUUCAGUGCUAAACAGUUGUUGCAUGUAGCAUUGAAUACGGUUGGUAUGUUUGUGGGAUCCUUAUUCGUGAGCGCGUUCAUCACUCUAGGCGGAGCUUUUCUACUCAAACGAAAAUUCUUUGCGACUCUGCGCUUCUACCCAAGCUAUGAAAUCUCGCUAUGUUUAAUUUUUAGUCUGCUUACGUACUUUGUCGCUGACUGCUUAAAAUUCAGUGGCAUUGUGGCGUUGUUCUUCUCGGGAACCAUGACAGCGCACUAUCAUUUCUAUACACUGUCAAGGGAGGCACAACAUGCAUUCACGCACCUGCUGCAUACGCUGGCGUUUGUCAGUGAAAACAUUGUGUACGUAUUCAUGGGCAUGUCCGUUGUCAUGAUUUUUGCCGGUCAUAAUGAAGAAAAUGCUGGCGCCUCACUUCGCGUGGACGACAUCGAUUGGUCAUUUAUCGGCCUUACGCUUGUUGCCUGCAUUGCUGCUCGCUUCUGCAAUAUCUUUCCGCUCUUGAGCUUAUGUAACUUCUUACGCUCACCGUCCAAUCGCAUUCCGGUCAAAUACAUGAGUGUUAUCUGGAUGGCAGGUCUUCGUGGCUCCAUGGCGUUUGCGUUGGCAAAGAACUGGAACUAUAUUGGUUUACAUGGUGCGUCACACCGUCGACUUAUUGAAUCUACAACUCUCGUGGUCAUACUCAUUACCACGAUCGUAAUCGGUGGGUUGAUGGGUCCGUUGCUGAUGAAUUUGCAUCUCACAUCCAAGUUUAAUAAACACAGCCAGCUAGACCAAUCAGAUACAGACAGGUGUUCAUCAACAGCAUCAGAAUCUGAUGUGCCGCGGCUGGCUCAGCGCAGCACACGCCACGCUGACGGCGAGUUUCACGGAACCUUGGCCUUUCCUGAAGAAGACCAGCCCGUGGCAAAGCGAGAUAGCAUAGAAAACGAAAUUCCGACCUUGACUCCGCGGCCGCAAUUUUACGAUGUUACGGAUGACGAUGAUGAAGCGAAUACUGCAUCGCCCGUUCAUCGUAGUGAGCGGUCUCGGGGUGACUCGCUUACUGGCGCAUUCUUCCGCAAUUGGCAAGCUUUUGACACAACCUACAUGCAGCCAGUGUUUGGUGGGGCAUCACAGCGACGAGCAGCGCCGAUUUCGUCUGACGAGGUGAUUGAAGACAGAAUAGCUAAAGCCCAAUCGGAAUCAGUUGCAUGA